CACAACUGAAACAUUAAUUUUCAAAAAAAAAUAACUUACAUCAGUCUAAUAAGAAUAAAGUUUUCUUGUCUCUGGAUUUCAGCAUCUACAAAAAUAAACAUUAUUUUAGUCUUAGUAAAAAUAAAGAUAUCUUGAUGGAAUUCAUUUUACGCACCUUAAACCGUCUGUCCCUCUCUUCAGAAGAAGUUGAGAACACUGCCUCCUCCUCAGACAGUGUGUGACUCUCACACAAACAGCUUCUGUGUCUUUAACUCUCAGUGCAGACACAGUGAAGACACGACCUCGACAAGUCUGAAAUAUUACAUGCAAAACAUACUUUUGACGAUUACCACUUCAACAGCCUCAAAAUAAUUAUGCUAGUCUUUACCACACAAUGCCGUUUCCUUUAGUAGACUAACGUACAUUCAUUUUAACCGCGAAAAAUAAGACAACAAAUUAACAUAAGUGUAACCAUAACCAUAACAGUCUAUUAACACUUCAAAAAGUGUAGAUCAUGUAAAAUCUUACGUAAAUAUGACAUAAGACAUUCACAGACGUUAUAUUAAAAGUACCUCUUCCGUUCAGUAAUGUUAAAUGAGGCCGUUAAGACCUCCCGGUCUGAGGCAAAAACCGCGUCUGUUUUUUUAAAAUAUAACGUUAAGCUCCUUUGUUUCCGCCUUUCAUAAAACCUUCCGCCUUUCAUACAACCGGGUAAACAAUAAACUAUAACUUUAAGUUUUGAAUCUUUAACUUACCAUAAUGUCUUUCACUUGCUUCUCAUUUUUCUACGCUGAGAAAAUGCCGGCUGUUCGCACUGGAGACGUACGAUCUUAACGUGACGUGCGUGGUCUCCUUCACGUCCGCAUUCUCAACCCAGCCCCCCUGGGUUAAAAUCGCGACCAAUUUUCAACCCAAACUUGGGUUAAAACAACCCAAAGUCCUACACAGCGGUCUAAACCCAGCAUUUGGGUUGAAAAAAUAACCCAGCAUUUUUUUUUUUUUUGAGUGUAGCAGUUGUCAUUUAGUCCUGACAUCUGACAUGUUGAAGACACAAUGGAUUACAUUUGUUUUUGAAGGGAAUGCGCCCCCAAUCUACCUAAAUGUGUCUGUUUGUGCAAAUCAUUCGAGAUCCAGCUUCACCAAUAGAAGGAGUAUAAGGUUUUUUUAAUGAAUCUUUGUAAAUCGCCUUUCCUAAUAAUGUGCUAAUUAGCAAGUUUCAGGAUGAAUGCAGCUAAAACGAAGCGGCAAGGUAAGCAGAGCUCAUUUGCAUUCAAAGGAAAAUGCUAAAAAACUACUUGCUCUAAAAAGGGCUGUUUUUGAUGGUAAAAAAAGGGUGUUGUUUUACACUACCAUUGAGAAAUUUCAACUGAACUAUGUUACAGACUUUUCAUUAAGAUCCUUUAGCAGUGGUUCUCAAACCUGUCCUGGAGUAGCCCCUGCCCUGCACAUUUUGUGUUUCCCUCAAUUAUCACACCAGAUUCAACUCAUCAGCUCAUUAGUUGAGACUGCAAGAGUUGAAAUGGGUGUGUCAGAUAUAAGGAGACAUACAAAACAUGCAGUGCUGGAGGUAAUUCAUAGAGAGGCUUGAGAACCCCUGCCCAAAAUAAUUAUAUAAACUUGUGGGAAAUGGGCAUCCAAUGACCCCUUUAAGUCUGAUCAGUUUGAAAAGAUAUAGCAAAAAACUACACAUUAUGGUCCAGGUAUCUGCUAAGUUCAGUUCUUUUAACAUUAAAACCCUGGGAGGAGAUACAGUCAGAAAAUUUUUUAUCUCAGAAGAAGAAGAGGAAUAAGAUUGUUUUAAUAAUAGUUUUCUAUAGACCCUAAAUGUCAAUAUGAUAUAAGUAGGCUUUAUAGUUUGUGAUCAUCUAAGAAAAAAAAAAGAGAAUAAUUUAAAAUAUAUUUCAGUAUAUCUUUAUUUGGACUUCCUCACAAUUUGAGUACAUUAAGUACAAAAUUAGUUGUUCCAAUUUAACAGACUUUAAUUUGACCCGUUUACUAAAAGUACAACUGUAUUUUUAUUUAUUGUAUUUUAAGUAUAUAAAUAUGUGAAUUUGUCAUAUUCUUAAACUUUUAAAUAAAUGUAUUUCAAAUAGAUUUUAGUAUGUAUGCAAGUGUUUUUUUUUCCACUAGGGAAGGCAUGUGUAAAGGCUUUUAAAUCGCUCACUUGGCCAAAUUGUUAAGUGGCUAGGAUUACUAUUUUAGUCAAAUUAAUCACACUCAGUUUGAUGUAAGGAAUUUUUAUGUGACAUUUUAAUUCAUCAAAAUAGAUUGUUAAAUCUUUUAAACUUAUUAAUGUAAUACUUUUUGCAUAUUGUCAUCAGAUAGGUUCAUGUUUUUAUAUAUGAAAUACAAUGAUACAUUGGUGCCAGAAAGGUGCAUGUGACUUUUUGGUUGGUUGUUUUUUUUUUUUUUUUUUAUCAAAAAUUUGUAGUUUUUUUUUUUUUCUCUCUCUGAAUAAAUGUUAAAAUAGUGUUAAAUAAGUAUAAUGUCAUCCAUGUGAGUACACAUUUUUAUUAUUAAAGACUGAAAUUAGUACACAGUCAGAUCAAACUAUGGUCACUUUUUUUUCACACCCUUCUAGUUCUCAUCCCUCGAUAUGUGUGUUUGCUAGUAAUUAUUUCUUUAUUUCUUUAUUAAAAGAAGAUAGUUUAAACUAUUUGGUCCAUCUUCUGCCAUAGCUGUUUUUCUUGCCACAUUAGGCUUACUUUUGAUUACAAAAUAUAAUGUUCAGUCAGCCUAUAAAGAAAUAGCUUUUUGGCUUUCAAAAUCAUAUAGUUAUGGCUACACAGUAAUGUACUUUUAUAGUAAUAAUGAUGUUCUGCAUAAUGAUAUGGCAUGUCACCAAGAAAAAAAAACAGUCAUUUUUUCUAACAAGAUUAAGUAACUUCUACAAUUUAUAAUAAAGAUGCUGUAAACAGUUUGAUGAUAUCUGUGUUUGCUGUCAGAUGCUCGUAUGAGAGGAUGGCUCCUACUGGAUUCCUACACACCAACAUUCUUGCUCACCAUCACCUACCUCCUAACAAUCUACCUGGGAACAAAAUAUAUGAGAAACAGACCAGCAUACUCACUGAAACACAUUUUACUGCUGUACAACUUCUCUCUUACUAUUUUGUCUUUAUACAUGCUGGUUGAGUUGAUAUCAUCAGUCUGGUCUGCAGGUUAUCGUCUUCAGUGUCAGGGUCUGCAUGAAGCUGGUGAAGCAGAUAUCAGAGUAGCGAAAGUGCUGUGGUGGUACUACUUCUCCAAGCUGAUUGAAUUUCUGGACACCAUCUUCAUUGUGCUGAGGAAGAAAAACAACCAGAUCAGUUUCCUACAUGUGUAUCAUCAUGCCUCUAUGUUUAAUAUCUGGUGGUGUGUCCUCAACUGGAUACCCUGCGGACAGAGUUUCUUUGGGCCAACGCUAAACAGUUUCAUCCAUAUCCUCAUGUAUUCUUACUAUGGUUUGUCAACCAUUCCAUCCAUGCACAAAUAUCUGUGGUGGAAACGCUACCUCACACAGGCUCAGCUGGUUCAGUUUUUAUUAACUAUAACACACACGAUAAGUGCAUGGGUCGUUCCUUGUGGUUUCCCUCUGGGCUGUCUGAAAUUUCAAACCUUCUACAUGUUCACACUUGUUGCCCUGUUUGUCAACUUCUACAUGCAGACAUACAGAAAGAGGAAGCUGGAGGGUGACAGAAUUGCUGAGGUUGGAGAUCUUAAAAACAGUCAUUUUAAUGGCCUUUCAGCCUCUCUCAACGGAGAAAACUCGAAACAGAAGCUGAAAUGAUGCCACAAUAUGGAGCAAUAUAGAAUGCACUUCUCGAUUCACUUAUGCUGAAUACUAGCACAAUAGCAGCCAUAAUCAUCUGAUAAUCAAAAUGCAAUUUUAUAAAUUUGAAUAUAACUUUUUAACCAUUUUGUAUCUUUGUUUUGCAUAUGUUCCACUCUAGCCAAUAGAAAUGCUGUACAAUAAUUUUGUAGAAAAAUAUUUUUCAAACUCUUAUUCAAAAUAAACACCUCUGUUAUGGAGUACAGUAUCUACUUUAUUACACAUAUUUGGCAAUUCAUCUCUAAUGACAAGAAAACAUUCAGUAAUAUCCCCUAAAUCACUAUAACGAUUUAUUCUUCAACAAAGGAAGCCUUAGGCUACAAGUCUUAAUCUGAUAUAACCAUUCAGUGUGUAAUUGAAUGUACUGAUAUGUAGGAUCUUAUAUCAUAGCACUAUUAAUACACCUUUACCAAAUUUUCAUAAUCAGAUAUGGAUUGUUAGGUAAAAAUGUCAAGUCCAAUGAAAAAUUCUGUAUAAAAUAAAUUUGCAUGAUUGUUAAAAACCACAUGAAAAUGUUUGAUGAAUGCAUUUGUUUGUUGUUGAGGGUUGGAGCUAAACAUUGCAGGAAAGUGGAUCUCAAGGGUCAGAAUUGCCCACCCCUGAUAUAUUUCCCAUUUCAACAAGAGGAAAUAACCCAUUUGUUUAAACAGCCAGUUACCUUUAAAUCAAUGGCAUAGCCAUGAACCAGGAUUUGUUACAUCCUAUUGCAAGUCUUGGCAGGUGUUUUCAGCAAACAGACCAACUCAUCCUGCAGAUCCAAUAAAAUGCUUUAUAGAAUGAGUUGUCAGUAUUUUUGGUCUGUUUUUCUAGAUCAUCACGGUGUAUAUUUACUUUAUUUUAAUAGGAAGAACUGAAUGUAUGAUACAUGACCCAUAAUAGAACAAUUUUAUUGGAUAUGCAGGAUGAGUUCAGUAUUUUUGGUCUGUUUUUCUAGAAGAUGACUGUAUAUAUUUACUUUAUUUUAAUAGGAACACUGUAAAAAAUUGUCCUGUAAAUUAACGGUAGUAUACUGGCAGCAGGGUUUCCAGCAGUGUACUGUAAUUUUACAGUUUCCAGAAUUACAGCUUUUCUGUAAAUUAAUGGUAAUAUACUGGCAGCAGGGUUUCCAGCUGUGUACCGCUAUUUUACAGUUUUCUGAAUUACAGCUUUUUUUGUAAAUUAACAGUAAUAUACUGGCAGCAGGGUUUCCAGCGGUGUACCGUAAUUUUUCAGGAUCAUUACUGUAUUCUAGUUUUUUUUUUUUUUUUUUUCUAAACCGUAGAACUGGCAAUUUUGCAAAUCAUUAACUUUAUUAAAAAUAUCUGUAUUUUAACAAAUUCACAAACUGGCAUUUCAUUUAUACUAAAAAGUGGCAGCAAAUAGACCGAAAAGAGAAGACCAAGGGGGUAUUUCUUAUAGAACACUAUUUAUUUAAGUGCCCAACCAAUAAUUCAAAUGCUUUCUCAAAAAAAUAAAAAUAAAUAAGCAAUCAAAAUGGAAGAAUCAGUCUUUGUAUGUGUUAGAGAAAGAUGAGAUGAAGAGAGAAGAAAAUUAACCAAUUUACAAAACAGACAAAAGACAAUG